AUGCAGUCAAGUACCCAGCAGGUGCAACAACUACAUCAGCAGCUCAAACAACACACUUCCGGUGGCAACUACCACAACCAUGGUUGUAGGCUCAACAACCACAUCUCCAGGUCCAACAACCACAACAGUGGCUCCAACAACCACAACCCCGGGUCCAACUACAACAACCGCAGGUCCAACCACCACAACCGCAGCGCCUCCAACCACCCCAACAGCGCCUCCAACGACCACAACAGCGCCUCCAACGACCACAACAUCGGCUCCAACGACCACAACAGCAGCUCCAACGACCACAACCGCAGGUCCAACCACCACAACACAGGUCCAAACACCCACAACAGCAGGUCCAACAACCACUACAGCAGCUCCAACGACCACAACAGCGCCUCCAACGACCACAACAGCGCCUCCAACGACCACAACAGCGCUCCAACGACCACAACACAACCACAACAGCGCCUCCAACAACCACAACAGCGGCUCCAACAACCACAACAGCAGCUCCAACAACCACAACAGCGCCUCCAACAACCACAACAGCAGCUCCAACAACCACAACAGCAGCUCCAACAACCACAACAGCGCCUCCAACAACCACAACAGCGCCUCCAACAACCACAACAGCGGCUCCAACAACCACAACAGCGCCUCCAACAACCACAACAGCAGGUCCAACACCCACAACAGCAGGUCCAACAACCACUACAGCAGCUCCAACGACCACAACAGCGCCUCCAACGACCACAACAGCGCCUCCAACGACCACAACAGCGCCUCCAACGACCACAACAGCGCCUCCAACAACCACAACAUCGGCUCCAACAACCACAACAGCGGCUCCAACAACCACAACCGCAGGUCCAACAACCACAACUGCAGGUCCUACGACCACAACAGCAACCACAACAGCAGCUCCAACAACCACAACAGCGCCUCCAACAACCACAACAGCAGCUCCAACAACCACAACAGCAGCUCCAA